CAUGGAAAUUGAAAAUCUACACACCCAAAUUGAGCAAAUGGCCCAGGAUAAUGGUGUGAAAGAGAAAGACUUGGAGGAUAAGGCCAAAACAAUAUCUCAGCUGAAGAAAAUUGGACGUAAGUACAAAGAACAAGCUGAAGACACUGCCAAGCAGUUGAAUGAACUGAGAGAUAUGCACCUAAGUAGUAGCAAUGUAGAUACCAGUAAACCUGACCAGAUGACAGCUGAUACUAAUGAAGCUAUGGAACAGUUGAAGAAAAAGGCAGAAGAAGCUGAGCGAAAAUUGAAAGAAGUUGAAGAAAUUAAGGCUUCAUUCCAAGAACAAAUGAAUAAAUUGGAACAGCAAUUGAAUGAGUCAAAGGAAAGUGAGACUCAACUGAAAAGUAAAACCCAAGAGAUGGAGACUACCCAGAAUAGAUAUAAGAACCUCCUUCAGAGUGCUAAAACCAGGAUGACCAGUCAGAAAGAACAACUGGAGAAGAUGACUGCUGAAAUGAAUGAACAAAAGAAGUUGCUGGAAAAUAUGGAUAAGGCUAAAACUGAAAGUGUCAUGCGAGAGAACAGUAUUAAGAGUCAAUAUGAGAGUCGUAUUAACAACCUUGAGAGAGAGCUGGAAGAAGCAAGACGAGCUGUUAGUGCUGCUCCAGCUGCCGGUGACUUAAAACAGAUCCAGAAAGAAAAUGCUGAACUACAAGCUAAGGUGCAACAAAUCCAAAAGCAACUGGAGGUGAAACAGAAACAGCAACCACCAUCAUCGAGAACAACAACACCUGCUGCAUCUGCUGAUAGACUUAGCCUCCCUGUGGGUGAAGCUCCUAAGAUGGCCAACAUAAGGCCAAUGACCUCAACAACACCAGCUCCUGUGAGGCAGACAGCUGUCCAGCAUGCAUCUGCUGCUGCUGCUGCAAAAGCAACUGCAAGUAUAAAACCCAUGGCAAUUGCUUCCACCACAGCUAGUCCAGUUUCUGCCACAACACCAACAGCCACUGUUAUGCCAACCACCAUUACAGCUCAAGAACCUCAUGAUGGUGUUACAGAUAGUCCCCCUUCAGCCAUUAAUCAACUUAGUAGUACAUCAGUGCCUUUGACUAAUCGACCAGUUCAGCAGAUCCAGCGUGUUACUCCUCAAAUUGAGUUGAUGCAAGAGUCUCCUUUAUCUGUAACACCAACGUCAGUUGCACCAAUUCAGCAGGUGGAUGUGGAAUAUCCUUCAAUGUUGGUGAUAGCAAGUACUUCUACUGUGACAUCAACACCUGGUUCAGUUGUUUUAGUAUCUUCAUCCUCAAGCACUUCCACUAACUCCUCACUCUCUGUCACUUCGAACUUGAGCAGUCAAGAAGGGGAAGGCAGCGAUAUUCAACAAUCAGCUGUUUCUGCAGGGAAUGGCCAGAGUCAAUCCCAACACUCACAAGCAUCAGCGUCUCAGUCUACCAUUAAAAGAACACGAGAGGAUGUUGAAGCACAAGAAGAUAACAGUCAAGUAAAACGCUCAAAAACAAAUCAAGUCCCCUCUGCUAGUUCUAUACCUGUGAUUACUGUAACUGAUGGCCAAAAUCAUACCAUUAUUUUAGAAUCUGGUGAUUCUCAGAAAGGACAGGUAAGCCCUCUCACGCAAAUAGUUUAGUUUACACCUCUGGCUUUAUCAAACUAUC